GAUUGUUUAUUUAUUUUUAUUUUUUUUGUAAAAAUAUGAUUUUUUUUUUAAAGAAGAAAAAUGGCCGCACCAAGCAUGUUUUGGAAAUCAAAUCUUUGGCACUUGAAUAACUUAACUUGCACUUGAUUACGUUUGUGUUUGUGGCUAUAUUAAUAAAAUGAGAGCUAAUAAAAAGUUUAACAGAUUAAGUGAACAAACUUAGAAGCAAACAAUCUAACAAGUUGUACUAUUUCUUUUUGCCGGUAUGUUUCUAUUGGGAUUUGGGAAUAAUAAACAUGGAGAUGGUCCCAAUUUACUUUUGGAUCUUAACAGGUUUCCAUGCAUCCCCAAGGACCCCAUUGCAGUUUUCCAUUCUACUCUUCCAUCCCAAGAACAUCUCACGCCAUCUUUUUUGGAGUACCCAAUUCAUUGAAAACAACCAUCUUUCCGGAAAUACUAAUUAAACAAGAAGUCACAAGUUGGUUAUACAUAUUAAUAUCCAAUGAUCCUACAAAUAGUAAAUCGCCUAUUUUAAGUUCUUAUUACCUCCAUUCUUCUGUAAGAAUGGUGAUGAUAACAAUGGUGAUUUUGCUGGUAAACGCCGCUUGUGUGGUGGCAAUCCAGUGCCCAGAUUGCGGGAAGACUCCAGUCCCAUAUCCCCUCAGUACAACACCAACAUGUGGCCACCAAUCAUACAAAAUUCGAUGUGAAAUGGGUGUCUUAAAGUUUGAUACAAUCAAUAACACUUACCCGAUCAUAUCAAUCUCCCCGAAAAACCAACGCCUGCUGAUCAGACAAUCUCAUUUACUACCAAAUACCUGCGUCAUGGCCGAUUUUGUCACCCAAGGGAUUCAGCUCGACACUUCUUUACCCUUCACCAUCGGCCUCACCAACACGGUGUUCUUCUUCAACUGUACGGAUGCAAUGGGUACUGUUAUAUUAGAUUGCACACCGACAAACAUUUGCCAAGCUUACCAGAACUUCUCACCUCAGAUGUCCAUGUGCCGGAGAGCUCCGCCUUGUUGUUCCUUCAGAAAAGGAAGCUCAACGAGCCUGUUUUCCAUUCCGCUUAAUAUGGAAAAAUGCAAGGCUUAUUCAAGCUUCGUGAAUCUAAACAUCUCGAUGCCAGUUAGCAAGUGGCCGGAUCCUAGCGUGGAGUUGAUGUGGGCGCCACCACCGGAGCCACCAUGUUCGUCGGAGGGGCAUUGUGACUCCACCUCUACUUGUAAGGACGCCCAUGACGGCAAUGGCACACGAAGGUGUUUCUGUAAACCUAAAUUUCGUUGGAACGCAAACUCCGGCCAGUGUGCUAAAGAUCGCAAAAAGGUCAGAGCAAAACGGAACCUACUUCUUGCGACUGCAAUUUGCAGCGGUGUGACGAUAUUUGUAACAAUUAUAUUUGCAAUUUCAGUGUUCAUCCGCAGACAAAAAAUCAAAAUCGCACGACAACGACUUGCUCGUGAGCGCCAAGAGAUUGUAAGGCCGAGUGGCGGUGGAAAAUCAUCCAAGAUUUUCUCCAGUAAAGAGAUCAAGAAGGCGACAAACAACUUCUCCCCCACCGGUCUUCUAGGUGCCGGAGGUUUUGGUGAAGUGUACAAAGGGGUGUUGGACGACGGCACGCCGGUGGCUGUAAAAUGUGCAAAACUCGGGAACACCAAAAGCAUCGAUCAAGUCCUGAAUGAGGUUCGAAUCUUAUGUCAAGUCAACCAUAAGAACCUGGUACACCUUCUCGGUUGUUGUGUAGAACUUAAACAACCAUUUUUAGUAUACGAAUAUAUUACAAAUGGAAGUCUUCAUGACCACUUACAUGAUCGAAAUAAACAUCCUUUAACAUGGAGUCAACGGUUAGCCAUUGCUCAUGACACUGCAGAAGGGCUUGCAUAUCUUCAUUUUUCUGCAUCUCCCCCGAUCUACCAUCGUGAUAUAAAAUCUAGUAAUAUUUUGCUAGAUGAACGGAUGAGAGCAAAGGUUGCCGAUUUUGGUUUGUCAAGACUAGCUCAAUCGGAUAUGACACAUGUAACGACUUGUGCCCAAGGUACAUUGGGAUAUCUGGACCCAGAUUAUUAUUGGAAUUAUCAGUUAACUGAUAAGAGUGAUGUGUAUAGUUUUGGAGUAUUAUUGUUGGAAAUAUUGACAUGUCAAAGAGCAAUUGACUUUGGUCGACCGACAGAUGAUGUAAACUUGGUUGCAUAUGUUAAAAGAAUCGUGAACGAGGAAAGAUUGGUGGAUGUUAUUGACCCGUCUCUCAAGAUACAUGCGACAACAUUGGAGAUAGAUGCUAUGAAAGCGUUAGGGUUUCUUGCAAUCAGUUGCUUGGAGGAACGAAGAGAAAACCGACCUUCUAUGAAGGAAGCAUCCGAAGAGAUAGAAUAUAUCAUGGGUAUUGUAGCGACCACAUCGGAUCAUCAUGGUAGGGACAUUUAAGUCUCAUCAUGUUAUUGUCAGUUGUACAUUAUGUAUCAAAAGUCAUAUUAUGUG